AUGAAGCCACAAACCCUCCUCUCAACCCUUCUCUUCACAACCACAGCCACAUCCACGACCCUCACCCUGAACGAAGACGGCAACUUUCCCCAAAUCUGCACACAAACCUGCCGGAAAGCGCUCCACCUCGCCAACGCGGUACAAGGCUGGGGGAGAAGACUGUGCGCGCCAGGGUCUGACUUUAUGAGCUACAAAUUCGAGUGCUGGGUUUGCAUCGCCAUCAGCGGUGGGGGGACCACGAGGGGGACCGAGUUUGAGGAUGUGGGGAGGAUGUGUGUGGAAUAUAUGCCGUGA